GUAAUCUCCCCUUGUUAUAUUCUGUAACGUAAGUAACCAAGCAAGUCAUUCUACUAUUCUUCAUGAACCUCUUCCCUGAAACCAUGUUACAGCAAUGCCUUUCGGUGAAAAAACUCGUUUGUUCUCCAAUUUUUAAUUCAUGUUCUACUAUUUUGAUGCGAAUUUCUGCAUAUUCAACCAAUUCUGCAAGCAAUCCUGAUGAAUUUUCAUUCGGUGGAUUACGGAUAUCAACUCUGGUAAAUGCAGCUGAAAAGUCGCAGAAAGAGGUCCUUAAAAAGAAAACGGCAGAACAGGAAAAGCAGAAAAGACUAUCAUUAAAAAGCAAGCCGAAAAACGCACUGAACCAAGGCCGCUCGAAUUAUCCCAAUAAGACAUCACAAAAUCAAGUUCGUUUACCACAUCGACGUCCCACAUCGACAACAUUUGGAGCAGGAAAAGACAAUACUUUGAGUACUACAAAAGUCGCUACGCUAACGGCUUUCCCGAACACUCACUUGAAAUUAGACAUUUGGGGAACAGAAGAUGAAGCAACAAAAAAUGAGUCAAUUUCCAACUUAGCUAAGGAGUUUUACGAAAGAAAGAAUAUGCAUAAGCAAGUACACGAUGAGUUUCUGCGUCAAAAACCCAGAUCCAAACUCCGUAAGUCUACACUUUCUAUCAACCAUCCAUUCUCCAAUUUACGGAAUCGUCAGCGAACUAGGAACGGUGAUGAGGAGGAACGAAUUUUCGUUACACAAAACAUGUUAGCCCCAUACCGUAUCCCGUCGCUUAACAGGGAAAUUCUUCGCCAUAAUUCCCUAUGGACACCUGCGACUCCUUUAGGUCAAAUUCAUAUGAUAGAAGCGCUUCAACGAUUGGAAGCAAUGAACACUUCGGUAAGCCCCUCGGCAAGCGCCAAAAGGCCUAUUAAGGCAUCAUGAAUGUUUGUAUAAGCUUCUUCAUUUAUGGCUUCUUAAUUCGACUCUCACAUUCCAUCUCACCACGAGCAAACUUGAAUCAUAAAGUGAGAAGCAAAUAACAUAACCGGUCCCUUUUUGGCCAUCAGUACUAGUACCAACAUUUGUGAAUAC